CUCUCUGACCCCUAUGACUCCAGGCCAGGCUGCUGUGCGGGUCACGGCCAGGCUGAGUCCUAUAAGACCUCUAUAGAGUUCCCUGAUGAGACCCUCCUCUUCAUCAAGUCUCACCCCCUCAUGGACUCCUCCGUGCCUAACAUAGGAGAUGAGCCCUGGUUCACCAAGACACGCGUCAGGUACAGGCUGACAGCCCUGGCGGUGGACAACGUGGCUGGUCCACAUGGUAACUACACGGUGCUGUUCAUUGGUUCAGAGGCGGGCGUGGUGCUGAAGGUUCUAGCCAAGACUUCCCCUCUGUCCCUAAACGACAGCAUCCUAUUGGAGGAGAUUGACCUGUUCAACAGAGCCAAGUGUCUGUCUAACAGUGAGGAUGACAGGCAUAUUUUGUCGCUCCAUGUUGACAGAGACACACACAGUGUGUAUGUAGCUUUCUCUAGCUGUGUGGAUUGCGCAUGCCUCUCAGCGCUGUCUUGUAUAGCGUCCAGGGACCCCUACUGUGGCUGGAUGCCUCAUGAACCUGUGAGAGGAUCCUGCCUGGAGUUCUGUGAGUACCCAA